ACGUCAGAUUGUUUUGGUUGCGUGAUUUUUACUGGAGCGGUCUUCAGAGUUUUCGAAAAAUCCGAAAUUUUCAUUGAAAUUCACCCGGAAAAGUGCACUGAUAACUCAAAAUGUUAUUCUUAGCUGGUAAAGUGCUCACGAGAAAUGCCAUCUGUGGGAGAAAUGCUUUAAUUCAGGAGCUCGCCACCGCUGCUGGGGCCAGCCGGAGUUACCACAUCGCUUGUGGAAAUAGAAAUGACCGUCCCGCAACCGGUAAUGCACUGAAGCUCCAGAACAAAUUCAUCAGCCCAAUUACAGCAACGGUUCUGGUGCGGAACAUCAGCACGGAUGAAGCCGGCCGGAGUGCAUUGGACACAAUUCCCGAACCACCGCCGAUUCCUGCCGCACCUGAGAUAAGUGACAUCGUGUCCAAUUUGGCGGCAAACGGAGAACCAACGUUCGCAUCGCUUGGGCUGGGCGGUUGGAGCCCGGUGGGAAUCGUCCAGAACUGCAUGGAGUUCCUUCACGUCACUUGCGAUCUGCCCUGGUGGGGAGUUAUUGCCAUUGGAACUGUUUGUGUGAGAUUGGUGCUGUUUCCUCUGGUGAUUGCCAGUCAGCGAAAUGCGGCCAAAAUGAACAACCACAUGCCCCAGAUGCAGGUUCUGCAAAUGAAAAUGACUGAAGCGCGACAAGCUGGAAAUUCCAUCGAUUCGGCUCGGUACGCCCAGGAAAUGGUGGCAUUCAUGAAGGAAAAAGACCUGAAUCCGCUGAAGAACAUGCUGGUGCCACUAGCUCAGGCUCCCAUCUUCAUCUCGUUCUUCAUGGGUCUACGGCAGAUGGCUAACACCCCGGUGGAAUCGAUGCGUGAAGGUGGUCUCUUCUGGUUUACCGAUCUGACCGUUUGCGAUCAGUUCUACGCCCUGCCGGUUAUCACCAGUAUCACUAUGUUCUUGACGAUCGAACUCGGUACGGACAGCGCUCGGAUGUCGGCCCAGAAUAUGCAGAUGGUGCGGUAUAUCCUGAGGGCGAUGCCGCUGUUCAUCUUUCCCUUCACAAUUAACUUCCCCGGGGCGAUCCUGUGUUACUGGGCUUGCAGUAAUUUCUUCUCGCUGCUGCAAGUGGGCUUCCUGCGCAUUCCUAAAGUGCGAGAUUACUUCAAAAUCGACCGGCUGGUUACCCACAAUCCGGAAGCUCUGCCUAUGAAGAAGAAGAAAUUCACCGAGGGAAUGAAGGAUUCAUGGACCAACAUGAAAAUUACCCGCGAAUUAGAGGAACGUGCCAGAAUCGACGAAAUCACUUUCCAAAAGGCAGGCAAAGGACCGCUAGUGAAGACCUACAAAUACGACCCGACCGCCCCGCGACCCAGUAGCAACACCAUCAGCGCGAAGAAACGGUAGACGCCUCCCAGAAUGACCUUGUUGUGUAAUAUUGUAUUAAAGAAUACGAGAGAAAAUAAGCCCAAACAAAAACCUUAAAUAAAAAUGUAGUUUAUUGUUCUUAAAAAACAG